AUGACAAACUUCGAAAGUCGCUUUAAAUGUUCUAAAUGGCUUGAAGCAAUUGAUUUUAACAAAUUUCAUAUAUCGGGUGGUUGUAUAGUGAAUAGCCUUUGUAAACAACCAUUUUCAGAUACUACUGCUCAACAAGUAGAUAUAAAUUUCAAUGGUCAUUCAUUCCAUGAAUUCAACUCAUUUUAUGAAUUCGAUAAUGAUGUUGCCUUUACAUUUUCUAAUUUACAAUCAAUUAUGUUGAAGAAUGGUUAUUUUGAUAUAGAAUUAACAAAAAAGGCUAAUGGUAGUUACAUUAUUAUACUACCUUUCAAUAUUACAUUACAGUUCAAUUAUAAAGAUGUUCCUAUUGGUACAGAUCCUGUUAGUUAUGUUCUUCAUUCAAGUGAUCUUGAUAUUACUCAAGUCGCAUUAAAGGGUUCUCAACUGUUGUGUACAUUUGCUUUUUUACAAGCAGUUGCAACAAAAUCAUUCAUUUGUUAUACAAUGCAUGCAAACAUGGAGAAAAGUAUUUGUAAUCGAAUUAUUCGAUACUGCCAAAGAGGAUUUACUUUUCUCGAACCUUAUGAACUUAAUAGUCUCUUGUAUAUUGAUAUUAUGAAUGGUACUAUUCUUGAAGAAAGCAGAGAAGAAACAAGAGAAAUAAUGGAUGAAGAUGGUGAAAUUCAAAUAGUUACAACUACCUAUUAUCCACAUAAUUCCUUGGUAUCAAAUAGUCCAUCAAAACAUGUUAAAACGACAGAUGACGCUUCGAUAUCAUGCAGUCCAUCAAGUCGUACAGAAAAACGACCUGUACCUGAAGAUUUAAAUGUUCCAACAAAAAAGAUUAAAGUUAAUGGUGGCUCAACAGAACAAAAGCCUGUAGCACCUGUUGUUACAGCAGGAAGUCAACCAAAAUUCAUUAGUGCAGCUGAAUUAGUUGUACCUCUACCCGAGAUCAGUGACGAAGAACUUCUCGAAAUGGCAUUAGAGUUCGAACGUAAAUAUGGCUAUUAA